CAUUGACAAUCAGAAAGUUCUAAAAAAAAAAAACAUUGAGAAUCUGAACCGUCUUUUAUAUUAACCCUAGUAUUCCUCUCUCUCCCUUCGUCUCCCCACAGACAGAAGACAGAACAGCAACCCUUGUUAUGGACAACAGUGACCUCGCAUCCGAUUCAGAUUCGAUGAAGAACCAAAACUCGGACGAUUCCGAAUAUGAUUUUGAAGAGAAUGAGACAGAAGGUCAUGACGCUAUGCCGAUCUGGCUUCAGAUAAACCCUAAAACCAUCAGGAAAGAAGUACUUAAGAUCUACGAAGCACAAAAAAUAAAGGCCAAGACGUUUCUCAAUGACUUCCAAGGAAAGCUAACCCUCUCUUACGAAUGGAUGAUUAGCGGGGACGAAUCGGCCCGAGACUACACCUGCUUGACUGCUCAUUUCGUCGACGAUAACUUUAACGUCAGGAGCUGGAUCCUCGGCUUCACCACCGGCGGCGUUUCGAUACCUCUCGACGACAUUUACGUCUACCACUUCAGGAAAGCUGUUCGGGAUUUCGAUGUUCAGGACAAGGUCUCCACUAUACUGCUCCCUAACCGGGAAGGUUUUGACGAAAAGAACGUUGAUGCUAUCAUGAAGUGUAUGGAUAGUCCGGUUAACCUACCAGUUUUCGUGGUCUAUUGCUGUUCUGAUCUGUUCCGGUUAAUGGUUAAUGAUCUGUACAGCGAGUUUAGCUGGUCGUUGUAUGAGGAGGUUCGCAUGUUGGUUGGAUGGGGAAGUUUUUCAUCUACCAACUGGAAUGUGAGACUGUAUCAUCUCCAGCAAGCCGUUGAUAUGCAAAAAGAGGAUGCGUUUUCGAAGGAUGAGAUUUACGAUGAUUAUGAUAAACCAUCUGAUGAAGAAUGGGUGAAGAUUCGGACCUUUUGUAGGCUCGCUGGUGUCAUCUAUAAGGUUGCGGAAGAGAUUUUUGAGGGAGGGUAUUCGACGUCUAAUGUCUACUUUCACCUUCUUGCGGAGCUGAAGGUGAUGUUGGAGCAAGAGGUUGCUAGUGGUGGUGAUGGUGAUGGUGAUUAUUUUUUGUGGAAAGGUGAAAGGAUGUUGAAGAUGUUUGAUAAGUAUUGGAAUGAUAUGUUUCUUGUUUUGGCUACUGCUUCUGUGUUGGAUCCUCGGUUUAAGAUGAAGUACAUUGAUUUUUACUGCUCAAAGAAGGUGGAUAAUGAUGAUGGCUCCAAGGCUGAGACCGUUUUGGACUAUUUACGUAAUGUGUAUGCUCGCUAUGCAGCUAAUGAUAUCUGUCAUAAACCAAUAUGCCCUGUUGCUACAAUUGACUUUGAAGAAGAAGAAGAAGACGGUGAUGAUGAUGAAGGUUAUGGUGAUGAAGUAGAGAAGAAGAAGGCAGAUGCAUACGAGGAUUUUGUUUUGUUUAAAGAAUAUCUAAAGUUUGAAGGAGGAUGUUCAAGAGAGUUUCAAGAAUCUGAACUCGAUUCAUAUCUCAAAGAGCCGGUUAUGGAGUGGAACAAAGACUUCAAAGCGUUGGAAUGGUGGAAAGAAGAGAGCCAGAAGUAUUCAAUCCUCUCACGUGUAGCUCGUGACAUUCUCUCUAUACCGAUCUCACGUGCAACGUCGUAUGAUGCUUAUGUUUCGGAGAUAAGAGAGCCUCCGGAGUAUGUUCUUUCCAUGGAUGCCAAAGCUGCUAACGCCAUGGUGUGCGGUAGAAGCUGGUUAUCGCUCAUACCAAUUUGAUGUUGAUGGAAAAAUUGGUACGAUCUCCUUUUUUUUCUCUCCUUAUUAAGAACUUAAGAUGCUUUUAUAUAGCCUUCAUGAAACUUAGUAACUGUUUUUGUU